CCUGCAUAAAACAACUAAUAUUAAAUUCAAUUAAAAUUAAAUAUUAACUGUAUUGAUUAGAGAAAACUCGAUUGGCAACACUGAAUCCACCCAGUUAGAGGUUAUAUUUACCAGUUCAGGUUAUAUCAGUCAAAAACAGUCUAUAUAUCAGUUAAUUGUGUUACAUAGUGAAAAUUAUUCAGAUUGUUUAAGUAUGGAUAAUUUACUUCAGUAUGGAACUGACAGCGAAGAUGAGGACGAUAUGGUAGGGCCGCCUAUACCGGAGCAGUACAAAACAGAGGUAAAUGAACAAAACAUCAACAGUGUAACACCAGCAGAAAUUGUAGAUGACCAGGUCAAAUUGAAGUCACUUAAAAUUGAAGAUGAAAACUUCCCCAAGGUGAAUAAUGACAUUGUUUUGACGAAAUUUAUUGACAAACAAGAUAAUGAAAAUGAUUCCAAUGAUGAAUUUAUUGGUCCACCCAUACCACCACAGUUUUUAAAUCAAAAUAAUGAUAAUAAACAUGUUACUGAUACUGAAGAUGAUGAAGAAAUCAUCGGUCCUCUCCCUCCACCUAAUAUUUUAGAAAAUAUUAAUAAAGAAAUAAAUGAACAAGAAACCACAAAAUCAAGAAAUAGAAAAGAAAGUGAAGAUUCUGAUGAUGACGACGAAGAUGAGGAUGAUGAUGAAGAAACUGAUGAUAAAAAAUCUGAAGAAGAAGAUCUACUCAGUCAAAUCCCAAUUAAUGAUAGUGUGUCAUUAAUGCAUGGAUCAAAACCAGUGGUUGCGGUUGCAAUAGAUUCAUCUGGGUCAAGGCUGGCAACGGGAUCGGUAGAUUAUGAUGUACGAUUUUGGGAUUUCGCAGGCAUGGAUAUGACUAUGCAAAGUUUUCGGACUCUAACACCUUGUGGUAACAACCCUAUUAAAUGUCUUGAUUACUCAUCAACUGGUGAUGCUGUAUUAGUUAUAUCAGGUAUGUCGCAGGCUAAAGUGUUGGAUAGAGACGGGCAUGAACUAAUCGAGUGUGUUAAAGGUGAUCAGUAUGUAACCGAUAUGGCUAGAACAAAAGGUCACAUAGCACCCCUAACCUGCGGGUGCUGGCAUCCAAGAACAAGAGAAGAAUUCUUAACCAGCUCAGAAGAUAGUACAUGCAGAAUCUGGGAUGUAAAAGAUCAAAACAAGCAUAAAGGCAUAAUUAAAUGUAGAGCAAAGAAUGGCCUCAAGACGAGCCCUACCACCUGCAGUUAUAGCAGAGACGGAAACCUAAUAGCAUGCGGCUGUCUAGAUGGUUCGAUGCAAAUGUGGGAUCAUAGAAGAAUGUUCGUAAACACAGCAUAUUUAGUGCGAGACGCUCAUGAUUUCGGUUCUGAAAUAUCAUCUAUUGCAUUUUCAUAUGCUAGUUCAUUACUUGCAAGUCGGGCUGCAGAUGGUACACUAAAGUUAUGGGAUUUAAGGGCAUUUAAAAAGCCUCUUCAUACAGUCAGUGAUUUAUUUUCAAGAUACAGUUCAACAAAUUGCAUGUUUAGUCCUAAUGACUCAGUGAUAGUAACAGGAGUUUCAUUAUCUAAAGGUGAAAAUGAAGGAAAACUAUUAUUUUACAGUACUAAAACAUUUGAUCUUGUAAAAGCAGAAGAAGUUACAGAUUCCCAUGUUAUUAGGACUUUAUGGCAUCCUAGGCUACAACAGAUAUUUGUUGGAUGUGGAAAUGGUGUAGUUAAAGCAUAUUUUGGAGAUAAGAGUGGAAGGGGAGCUCAGUUAGCAUCAUCUAAAUUCAGAAGAAAAAAGAAACAAGUGGAAGUAAUAGCAGCCCAACAGAUUAUCACACCACAUGCACUGCCAAUGUUCCGUCAAGACAGGCCUAAAUCACUGAGAAAGCAAAUGGAAAAGGAUAGAUUAGACCCAGUAAAGUCUAGAAGGCCAGAAUUACCAAUAAAAUCAGGACAAGGGGGAAGAGUUGCGGCAUCUGGAAGUACAUUAAGUUCCUAUGUUAUCAGGAACCUUGGGUUAAGCAAAAGAAUUGAUGAUGACCAGGAUCCAAGGGAAGCUAUCCUUCGUUAUGCAAAAGAAGCAGCAGAAAAUCCUUACUGGAUAUCACCAGCUUAUGCAAAAACUCAACCCAAUACAAUAUUUCAAGCUGAUGGUGAUGAUAAAGAUGAGCCAAGUACGAAGAAAAAGAAAAUUUAACAUUAAUUAUUCAACAUGAUAGAAUAAAAUAUACCAAUGUAUAAUUAUUAUAUAGAGGCA